AUGACAGCCGCAGAGCCUCCGCAACGGCCAAGUCCACCGGCAUUCUAUCGUCGACGAGCCACAUCGUCCCUCGUUGAAUUCAGAUUUGGCUUCCUCACUUUCUGCCAGCCUGACCGUGUCGCCGUCGUCUUGUGCUUGGUGCGAAUGUCGUCCAUGCCACGAAUGGUCCGCGUCCGCCUAGAUCGACGACAAGUCAACCCGGCAGCCUUCUCGGGCGUCACCGAUCAGAUCUCCAAUGCUGGCACGUCAGCCGGUCACAAAGCUGCCAACGCCACUUCUGGUCUAUCGCGAAGCCAGACAUCCCUCGUCAUCGUGCUUGCCAUUGUUGGAUUCGUUCUGGCCGUUGCAGGUCUCUUCUGGAUCUGUUCGUGUUCAAGACGUCGAAAGCGCGCCAGAGAGAUGAGGGAAAAAUCACAACAACUCGGUCAGAUUUCCGCGCCUUCUUCCGCAGCUGACGAAGCCGCUUUCGUACCAGCCAGAAGCAGUCUCUUGGCUAGUAGCCAUCGUCAGGAUCGCAACUCUCGUCAGCUGAGCGCAUACAACAGCAACGGCUGGGGCGAAAGCAGAGUCGCUCUCAAUUCCAGCUUUGUCGCUUCCACCAAUGAACGUUACGGUUGGGACCACGGUCAGCAAUAUCCCGCACAUCCGUCCAUGCCGCAGGCACCCCAGCAGUCGCAUCGCUACUAG